GUGACUCUUCAGAGUUCGGGCACGACAGUGCAUGCCACUGCUCACUCGAUCACAGACCAAGGCCAUGGACCAGAAGGCGGGACAAUCCCUCCUGGCCUAUGAGGAAUGCCUGGCUGCGUUCAUCCAAGAGGCCAACGAUAGGGCCGCCGCCGCGGCCAAGGAACGGAACCGGAUUGAGCAAGAAGAGAAGACCAAGCGACAACAGGAGGAACAGGACCGACUUCGUCAAGAGGAGGCAGACCUGCAGGCUGCAGUUGAACACCGGUCACGCCAACGGGAACGACAGUUCACGCGGGAGACCGCGAUCGGCGACGAAACCGCACAAUGGGUGGAAAUGGCAUCUGCGGACGAGGCCUCGGAGACUGACAAAGGGCUGUCGGCCGUUGCGCAGAUCUCCCACGACCUCCUGGCCACCUGCGCUCUGCAGCAGGAGGAAAUUCUUCGCCUGCAGCAGACAGUGGACCAGAUGCUUGUACGGCUGCAGGUGUUGGAGAAACAGCCAGUCGCCGCAGCAGCCGCAGGGCUUUCCAACCUUGCCACCCGUGUUCAAGUUUUGGAGGAUGACGUCAGCAACAUCAAGCGUGUACAUCAGGAUUUCCGGACGUCACAACAAGCAAUGAACUUGCAGUUGGAGACGCAGGUCCAGGCUGCUGCUACCGUGACGCCCGCGGCUGCAUCCUCCCGACGCCCACCCAAACUGGAUGACAUUCCAGUUUUCUGCGAUCAGUUCAAGACGGAACCGAUCCCGUGGUGGCGUCAGUUCACUCUCAGGCUCGACAUGCACCAUGUCCUGAACAACAAUCGACAUGCGUGCUUGUACCACCGAUCUGGUGGUGCAUGUCAAGCAUGGUUGGACAACAUAUUGACCAGCCACGACGUAGCAGUGUCGGAACUGCACACCAAGCUCACUUGGCAGGAACUGACUGACGCCUGGCACAAGCGAUUCCAAGUCGAGCCGCCCGACCUGCAAGCGAUGGAGAAGCUCAACAAGCUCAAUCAGAACAUGCUCCUCAGUCAGGACUGGAUUACGGAGUUCCAAAGACUCACCUCCACACCCGACCUGCCGCUGGCAUUCGGCGGUGUCAAGCGCUUGUUUAUCAUGCGCUCGUCCCGGUACAAAGCCAACCGCGACAAAUGUGAGUUUGUCCGGCAAGAGCUUGAAUACUUGGGUCAUCUUGUAUCCCCGGAAGGCAUUCGUCCGUUGGCGGACAAGAUUCAAGCCAUCCUGGAGUGGCCCGAGCCGAAGAAUGUGACGGACGUCCGAUCCUUCCUCGGCUUGGCCGGUUAUUAUCAGCGCUUCAUCAAGGGUUACUCGAAGAUCGCGGUCAACCUAAGCAAGUUACAAAGCGAGGAGCGGCCUUUUGACUUCGACGACGAUGCGCGUCAUUCGUUUGAAACACUCAAAGCGGCACUCUUAUCCGUCGAGGUGUUACAUAUUUACGACCCGCUUCUAGCUACGCGCGUCACUACCGAUGCRUCGGGCUAUGGCAUUGGGGCCGCCCUUGAGCAGCACGAUGGCACGGACUGGCACCCGGCCGAGUACUUUAGCAAGAAAGUGCCUCCCUUGCAUUCGAUCGACGACGCACGAAAGAAGGAGCUUCUUGCCUUUGUCCACGCCCUCAAAUGUUGGCGACGUUUCCUCCUUGGUCGGAAAGCAUUCCGAUGGGUAACGGAUAACAAUCCGGUCGUAUUUUACAAGACACAAGACACGAUUAAUAGUACCAUUGCCCGUUGGAUGGCUUUCAUCGACCAGUUUGACUUUUUCCCCGAUCACAUUUUCGGGAAGUCAAACCGUUUUGCGGACGCCCUCUCACGGCGACCGGAUCUUUGCACCGCAGUCUACUCUACCUUCGAGAUCGACGAUGACUUGCGGGAGAGUUUCAUCCGCGGCUAUCAAGCCGACCCCCACUUUCGCGACAAGUACGCGAAUUGCUCCUCUCCGAAUCCGGUGCCUUUGCAUUAUCGGAUCCAAGAGGGCUASUURCUUGUGCAUUCRYGGGGUAAGGAUCUUCUUUGUGUGCCGAGUGAUUCACACUUGCGCACACGGCUUCUUGGCGAGUUUCACGAUGCGCCCGCCUCCGGACAUUUUGGUGUCAACCGUACACUUGGCCGACUUCGCCAGCGGUUUUAUUGGUCCGACCUUCUCAAGGACGCCACCCGCUAUUGUGAGUCGUGCGAAGUCUGUCGGCGUUGCAAGUCACGCAACCAUCGUCCAUUUGGCAAGCUACACCCACUACCAGUGCCCCUUGGGCGCUGGGAAGCGAUUGCUAUGGAUAUCAUCGGCCCCUUCCCGAAGCACAAGACCGGCAUUGAUGGGAUCCUCACAGUCGUCGACCGCCUCACCAAGUACGCCAUGUUUUUGCCUUGCAGCUAUCACGCAAAGGCACCGAAGUUAGUCGAGGUCUUAUACACAGGUUGGAUUCGCUCCAAGGGCUACCCCAAGGAGAUCGUUUGCGACCGGGACACUCGCUUUCUCUCCGACUUUUGGAUCGCCCUCGUCAAGCGAUGGGGCUCAUCUUUGAAGCCGAGUUCGGCUCGCCACCCGCAAACCGAUGGUCAAACGGAAAGGGCGCAUCAGACCGCUCAAGUCCUUCUACGCACUCUCAUCCGUCCCGACCAGUUUGAUUGGGUUGAGCGCUUGCCAGACGUCGAGUUGGCUUACAACUCAUCGAUCCAUCCGGCUAUCGGGAUGUCGCCGUUCGAGUUUGAGCAUGGUUCACCCAUCUCAUCGCCGCUGGACGCCAUUUUGCCGCGCACAGCCGAGAGCGACGACCAUCUUGCGUUCCUUCGCCACACGCAAGAGCUCCUUGUCAAGGCACAGGAUCAGAUGUCAAAAACGCAAAUACGGAUGAGCCGYCAAGCCAACCGCAAUCGUCUCCCUUGCCCGUUCCGCGCCGGCGAUCUGGUUUGGGUCUCCGCCGCGGAGUUCAGCCUUGAGCAAGACAUCUCUCGCAAGCUCCUUCCCAAGUGGAUGGGGCCUUGGCGCAUUCUCUCUGCAGUUGGUGAUGAUCCCGAGGGGCCUUCAUUCCGCAUCGCGGUGCCACCUCACUUGCCCGUCCACACGGUGUUCUACUGUUCCAAACUCGCUCCUUUUGCUUCAGCGGAGUCCGACGAGUUUCCCGAUCGACGUACGCAAGACCCUCCUUCCAUGGACGGAUUUCAGGAGGCCGGCUACAUCAUCACCGACCGGCGCCAUGGCAACAAAGAAACGGAGUUUCCUCUUCACUUUUCCUACUGCAGCCACAAGGCUGACCGUUGGCUGACGCGUUCGGAACUGCAGGCCACAGCUCUCGGCGUUCUCUCACGUUAUCUUAGCAAAGGGAAGACUACGUCGAGCACUCCAGCUCCUCGCCAUCCUCGCUACAUUCCACCAUCGGAUCGGCAGCUUCGCCCGCGCCCCGGCUCGUCUUCAUAAGGAGGGGGGCGUGUUACAUGGUGAGAGCCUACACACGGGACCCGAGGUUGGAAUAGGUCCCCCAGGUCGCGUCACCGCAACCUGA